AUGCCCGGAUUACUUGACGGAGUACCCAACUCCAAAAAGAGGAAGAAAGAAUCUUCGGAACCCAAACAGCAAUCGUCCAAGCGGCGGGUUGUGGCAGAUGAGGACAAGGAGGACAAGAACAAGAUACAGCAGUUGGAAGAUCAGAUAACUGAGUCGCGGAAGUACUAUAACAACAUUGUGACCCUGCUAUCCCUCUUUAUCACCGAAUAUGCUGCUAAGUCGCCCAAUCUUACUGCUGCGGUUUCCCUCUGUAGGGUGUUCUGCCGCCUAAUGGCAGGAGGCCAAUUGAUCAAAUCCAAGGAUGCCAGUGAACAGGACUUGAUACUGGUCGCAUGGCUGAAGGAGAGAUAUCAGGAGUACCAGAAUGGCUUGAUUAAUAUUCUCAAACAUGGGGAGGCACCAGCUCAAAUUGCCGCGCUCUCCCUUUUCAUGCGCUUGAUCAAGGAACAGUCAGUCAAUGGAGGAACUGGAGCUGAAAUAGGGGUGUGGAAGGGGCCCUGCUUUUAUGGCUUAAUUGCAGCUCUCAUUGAAGCCCAAGAUGGAGAACGAGUACGGUCGGAAUUCAUCAAGAAGUUCCUAAACGAAUACCAUGAUGUAGCUAUUUAUACGCUUCUUCAGCUCUCGGAGUUUACCACAACAAAUAGCUCUCCCAAAUCCAUAGAUACGGUGAUAUCCCUCCUAUCCGCUCUCGGCCAACCGCCACCACCAGACCACGAAUUUGAGAACUUCUACACCAACAUAUCAGCUUUCGGUCAAAAGCAUAAGUCAAACCUUCUUUCUGUACCUGCUUAUAAACAACGCGUCCAAGCGACGUGGCUCACGGUUUUGCGAAGUAAUGCCCUAAAAGAAAAGCAAAGAAAAACUCUCCUCCGUCUUAUGUCCCAUCUCAUCGCCCCCUGGUUCCUCAAACCAGAGAUGCUCAUGGACUUCCUUACGGAUUCUUACAACCACGGCGGCUCCACCUCUCUCCUCGCCCUUUCAGGGCUCUUCUACCUAAUCCAAGAGAAGAAUCUGGAUUAUCCACAAUUCUACCCCAAACUAUAUUCUCUCCUGGAUGCCGACCUCCUCCACUCAAAGCACCGUUCCCGCUUCUUUCGCCUCCUCGACACCUUCUUGUCCUCGUCCCAUCUCCCCGCAACCUUAGUCGCAAGCUUCAUAAAGCGGCUAUCCAGACUCGCGCUUAAUGCGCCCCCGGCUGCCAUCGUCGCUAUCAUCCCCUGGAUCUACAACCUCAUGAAAUCCCACCCAACCUGUACCUUCAUGCUGCACCGCGUGAUCCAUGAUGAUGAGGACUCCCAAUCAAAGCUGCAAACACACGGCAUGACCGACCCAUUCGAUCCCAUGGAGCCAGAUCCAACCCGCACCGGCGCUCUAGAAAGCAGUCUCUGGGAAAUCGAAACGCUGCAAGCGCACUACCAUCCCAAUGUAGCGUCGCUGGCGAAGAUCAUCUCGGAACAGUUUACAAAGCAGGCGUAUAACCUUGAGGAUUUCUUGGAUCAUUCAUACCAAGCCAUGAUGGGGAUGGAGCUGGGGACGGAGGAGAGGGGGUUUAGAAAGGCGCCAGUGGUGGAGUUCCAGAUUCCAAAGAGGAUUUUUACGGACCGAUUAUUGGAGGAGGAUGGGAACGUGGAUAAGGAAGUUGGGGCAUUGGUGAGGUGCUUGUGGGAUUUCAAGUAA